CAUAAUCUCUGUGUGCAUUGGACUGACAGCCAAGAAAAGACAGAGUUACAGGUCCUGAAAAAAGGUCGAAUCAACUGUGCAUCAAAAAUGCCUGUUUGGAGUUCUUUACGAGCCCCGGCAGCAGUUGGUGCUCGCAUGCUGUUAAACAAUGUCAAACACGGAGCACAAUUAUCAGCCCCAGUUCGACAGAUGGGCGGUGGAGAAAACAAUAUUUUCAUGGUUCCUUCACGCUACAUAACAUAUAGAUUCAAGGAUGACGUGCAUUUCUAUGUGGCCUUAGGAGUAAUCCCACUUUUUCUGUUUGCUACAUACUGUAACGUUGUCAUAGGUCCGGCAGAACUCAAGGAUACACCCGAAGAUUAUGUACCUGAGAACCAUGAAUAUCUCAAGUCACCAGUGUCUCGAAAGCUGUGUGAGAUUUUGGGCCCACUUUGGCCCAGCUAUGAAAAACAAUAUGAAUCAGGGCUGUACUGGACUUAUGUUGCGUUACAGAAAGCAAAAGUUAGGGAGGAACAUUACCGUAUGAGGCAGCUUAUGAAGGAGAGGCAAGAUCAGAGCAACUUCUACUUCGUGCCCGCAUACGAUAAAUUCAGUGAUAGAAAGGAAGCCCACAGAUACAUGAAAGAAACGUCUACACACUCUUAAUUGGGGCUGCGUAGAAACCAAAUUUUAUAGGACAGAAAUUAAGGAGAAUGGUGUGAAAUUUUGAAGAAUUGUUGGCAUUAGAUACUUUCUGUUUUGAGAAUGGUUAAGUAUAAACUGUAUAUAUUCUUUAAAAAGUCUUUACAGGUGUUAACAAGCUUAGUUUGAAAUAAUUCAAAAUAGCAGUGACCCAUUGUUGUGUUGAAUUUACUGCUUGUUUAUUGUUUUGCUUGCAGAAUAGUCUAGGUCACUAUUGCGUACGCUGUUACUAUUCCGUAAAUUCAAACAUUAGAAUAUUUAUCUUGCUUUUUGAGGAAAAAGAAACGUUUUUUAAGUUUUGAAUAGUGGCACUAACAUCAAUGAGGAGCAAUUUUUCUACUCAAUUACGCUUAUUAAAAAUUAUAGAAAUGCAUUUAAAUUCUGAUUUAAAUAAUAAUCUGGUUUUCAGAUGGGAAUGCCUUCUGUCUGUCUCAAUAUGUUGUGUAGAGUGUGUGCAAGUUGUUUAGAGGAAAAACUGUGAAAAAUAAUA